AGUCGGUGCGGUACAUGGCUGCUCAGAAUGGACACCUGGAUGUGGUCCAACUCCUUGAAACAGACGCUGACCCCCAACAAGCCAGCUGACGGCAUCUCUAUGUCCUGUCCUCUAUACUCAGGUAACACACACACAACAGAAGGACUUCGUCAACCUUAGAAGUUUUACACCUAAUGUUAUUGGAUGGUCUGUGUAGCUGUAGACGCUGGACACACAGAGAUGGUGGAGUUGCUGGUUCGGGAAGGUGGAGAGGUCAACGGAACAUACACAAGACACUGUGGCUCCAAGAGAUCCUGCCUUCAUCAGGCUGCUCUUAAGAGAUGCAGUAUACCCAGACCAGAGCAGCCGAGCGGGAGCCUCUCAAGACCAGAGCAGCCGAGCGGGAGCCUCUCCAGACCAGAGCAGCCGAGCGGCAGCCUCUCCAGACCAGAGCAGUCGAGCGGCAGCCUCUCCAGACCAGAGCAGCCGAGCGGGAGCCUCUCCAGACCAGAGCAGUCGAGCGGGAGCCUCUCCAGACCAGAGCAGUCGAGCGGGAGCCUCUCCAGACCAGAGCAGCCGAGCGGGAGCCUCUCCAGACCAGAGCAGCCGAGCGGGAGCCUCUCCAGACCAGAGCAGCCGAGCGGGAGCCUCUCCAGACCAGAGCAGCCGAGCGGGAGCCUCUCCAGACCAGAGCAGCCGAAUGGGAGCCUCUCCAGACCAGAGCAGCCGAAUGGGAGCAUUCUCACUGGAGAGGAGUUAUGUGGACUGUUGUGUGAGGGCCUCAGUCAGUUGUUCUACACCUCCUACUGGUUCCCCCUGCUACUUUCAGGCAGGACUGGAACCCUCCCUACAGCUGCAUCCAGCAUCUAACAUGGAAGAAACACAUUUACUUGCUUAUGGUAUCCAUCCUGCCUGUUUCCUUUACUUGUGAGACUUUUAGUGGCAAUGGAGGCCACUCCUGGAUUUACAGCUGCAGACAGGCCCUGUGAAGGCUUGGUUAGAGGGGCAGUAGCCCUGUGAAGGCUUGGUUAGAGGGGCAGUAGCCCUGUGAAGGCUUGGUUAGAGGGGCAGUAGCCCUGUGAAGGCUUGGUUAGAGGGGCAGUAGCCCUGUGAAGGCUUGGUUAGAGGGGCAGUAGCCCUGUGAAGGCUUGGUUAGAGGGGCAGUAGCCCUGUGAAGGCUUGGUUAGAGGGGCAGUAGCCCUGUGAAGGCUUGGUUAGAGGGGCAGUAGCCCUGUGAAGGCUUGGUUAGAGGGGCAGUAGCCCUGUGAAGG